AUCAUCUGAAACUAAACCUUAACAACACUAACCUAAAAUCAUUUUGUUAUGAAUUUGUUUCAGUGCCAAGUAACCCAAGUUUGAUUUUUAUUUGUUUCGUCUUUACAAGAAAGUCAUUGAGGGCUAUGGGCAGUCGUCCUGUGGAAAAAUAGGCUUAGUAUGGUGUAGCACUCUCUCCUGUUUAUUUAUUAAGCCCUCGUAGAAGACUGUGCUCCUCAUGACUUUGAUCUCCAUAGUAUAAUAACCAUGUUUGGUGCUGUUAUCAUGAGGAAUCUAAGUUCCUCUUCAGCUAGUAUUACCAGGAUUCAUCGUCUGAAGUACCUUCAGCACUAUCCUACAACAGUUGUGUUGCCUGAUGGUUCAAGUAUCAUAGUGCGCUAUCCAGAACCUCGGAAAAUAAUAACUUUACCUUUAGACAUAACGGCUCUAAGUGAAUCUGAGGCAAAAAUACGGUUGGAGAGAAGAAAACCCAAAACAAAAGUGGAAAUAGUAGAAGAGGAAAGGGACACUUUCAGCAGUAAAAGAUACAUAAAGCUAAUGAAGAAAAACAAAGGAAAAUAAAGUGAUAUAAUUAGUAA